CAAGUAAAGUAAAAAUAGAUUUAAAAGAACUCAUAAACUCUUUUGUCUUUUGAAUGACUGCAACUUCAAACUUCUUCUUCUGUCUUGUAUGCAUCUACAGUUUCUGUGUUUUCUUCCAUGUGACAAAACUUAGGAAUAAAACCAAAAACUGUCUCUUGUUCUUAUUUUCUUGAUAAAAUCUCACUUCUGUUGGAAGAAGACAACUCCAACUGCCUAAAAACACACCUACAUUAAAGCCAAACUCACCUUAGAAUACAACCAAAUACCAAAAGACCAAACAUGGCUUCUUCCUCUUCCAUUUUCUUCAUAUUUGUUUGUAUACUACUCGUGUCCGUACCGGUUGAACCCAAGAACGAAACUGUUUUCAAGCCAGUGGAAGAGUUAAAGAAGCUAAAGAGAAUCAGAGAUCAUCUCAAGAAGAUUAACAAGCCUUCAGUCAAGACCAUUCAGAGUCCUGAUGGAGACUUGAUAGAUUGUGUUCUUUCUAAUCUGCAACCUGCGUUUGAUCAUCCUAAGCUCAAAGGACAAAAACUAUUGGAACCACCGUUGGAGAGGCCAAAGGGACAUAACUCCAGUGAUGAAACCAUUAACACUUUUCAGCUUUGGUCCGAAUCGAAUGAAUUCUGCCCAGAAGGCACAGUUCCAAUCAGAAGAACUACAGAAACCGACGUUUUACGAGCAAGUUCUCUAAAACGAUUCGGAAGAAAGAUCAUCAGGCGUGUGAGGCGUGACUCAACGAGCGAUGCUCAUGAACAUGCAGUUGCUUUUGUGAAUGGAGAUAAAUACUAUGGAGCUAAAGCCGGUAUAAAUGUAUGGACACCCGCCGUUACAAAUCCAUACGAAUUCAGUCUAUCGCAGUUGUGGGUUAUCUCCGGUUCAUUUGGAAAGGAUUUGAAUACCGUAGAAGCCGGUUGGCAGGUAAGCCCAGAGUUAUAUGGAGAUGGUUACCCAAGAUUUUUCACUUACUGGACUACUGAUGCAUACCAAACCACUGGAUGCUACAACCUAUUAUGCUCAGGAUUUGUUCAAACAAACAACCGGAUCGCAAUAGGUGCGGCAAUCUCGCCAAGAUCAUCUUACAAGGGUAAACAGUUUGAUAUCAGCAUUAUGAUAUGGAAGGACCCUAAACAUGGACACUGGUGGCUUGAGUUCGGGUCGGGCCUACUUAUAGGCUACUGGCCAUCUUUCUUGUUCAGUCAUCUACAAAAGCAUGCAAGUAUGAUCCAGUUCGGAGGAGAGAUAGUGAACUCUAGAUCAAGGGGACAUCACACGAGAACGCAAAUGGGUAGCGGUCAUUUUGCGGAUGAAGGGUUUGGGAAAGCUUCUUAUUUUCGAAAUUUGAAAGUUGUUGAUUGGGACAACAGUUUACUUCCUCUCGGGAAUCUUCGUUUAAUGGCUGAUCAUCCAAAUUGUUACAAUAUAAAAUCCGGAAAAAACAAUGUUUGGGGAGAUUAUAUCUAUUAUGGAGGUCCUGGAAGGAAUAUUAGAAGGCAUUGUCAAUAAACAAAAUAUUUUGGUCUAUAAUUCUAAGAGAGUAAGAGAGGUUUGAGGUUCCAAUCCAGCUUCCGGUGGUUUUCUGCCUUGAAGACCACGUGCUAGCACAAGCUGGUUUUGACUAGAUCUUACUGAUUGCAGGGUAUGAGUUUUCUGAUAACGGGUUUUCACAGUUACUCAAAAGAAAAUUAACUCUUUUUAUAGUGUGGUCAUAAAUUUUGUGUUCAAAGAUCUUGUAUAUGUAUUAGGUUUUGUAAAAUGAUUUAUAUUAUAUGGUUAGUUGUUAUUGAGUGUUGGCCUUGU